UCGGCUCGGUUCGGCUGCGCUCACUCCGCUCCGCCCUCAGCCUCGGCCCCGUGUGAGGCGAGGGCGCGGCGGGGCCGGUGGGAGGGGUGGGGUCGGUGCCCGUGAGGAGGUGCCUGUCCUCCGUCGGCGCCGGGGUUGCCCGGUGGGCACGGGGGCUGUUCGGAGGCCCCUCAGGCCGCCCCCGGCGCUGGGGAGGCGGCGGCAUCAUCGUCAUCAUCAUCAUCAUCAUCAUCAUCAGUCAUCGUCUCCCGUCUGGCAGCCCCGGCAUUGCCCCAGCGUGUAAUCUUUUCGUAUGACAGAACGAGACGCGGUGAAAGGGUUUUAGGAAUUAACCUUUGGCUGUCCUGCUUCCCGUAGCCUGGCAUUCCGGGAAGGAGAGGGGGAGGAUGUCGCUGAAGCCAUUCACCUAUCCAUUGCCCGAAACAAGGUUCCUUCACGCUGGCAGGGUCGUGUACAAGUUUAAAAUCCGCUAUGGCAACUUUAGCAAUGCUCCCGAUCUCAGUCUUGCUGAAAGUGCUGCCAAGGAGUCAGAGGAAGUGAUUCGAGUAAUCCUUGGAAAUCUUGAUGACUUACAUCCAUUUUCUACAGACCACUUCACUGUGUUUCCAUAUCUGAGUAAAUGGGAGAGAGUAUCGAAGAUGAAAUUCAAACAUGAGAAUGUCCAUCUUGUACCUUAUCCCUACAUUUGCACAUUGUAUCUAGAACUGAACUCAUUUCAGCAAAAUAUGUCUUGUGGUAAAGAAGUAAACAGAGGCAGUGAUGAGCUUGUCAGGAGAAGAAAUGACAUAUCAGAAAGUACUGCAGUGAAGAGGAGGAGAGUGGAAGUUGGAGCAGAGAAUUCAUGCCCACAGUUGCGUAUGGACAGAACUGGAACUGAUUAUGCUCAUCAGAUGAGUAAAGCAGAGCAUGGAUUUGAAAAGAACUCUUCCAAAGCAAAUGAGUGCAAGUUUAGCCCAGCAUCCCUUACUAAAGACUGGAAAUGUGUGGAAUCUGCCCUUGAACAAGGAACAGCAGCCAGUCAGGCUGAGGGUACAGUGCAGCUGCUGCAACAAAUGGACCAGGCAGGAAAGAAAGGAAAUGUGAAGUCGGAAGGAAGAAGUCUCUCAACGUUCUGGAGAAGCAUCAUCUUUUCGCCACUACAGCAUCUUUUUGGUGGAAAGAACUGACCUGGUAGUACUAAUUGUUGUGGAAAGGUAAAUUUGUAGCAUGAUUGUUGGGUUGUGUUGCUUCUUCUGUAAUUCAGUUUUUCACAUUGCUUGUCUCAGCUGUUAAAAUCUUUAAAUUAAAUUCUACUUCGUUUCCAUUUUCAUAGUAACAUUCUGAAGAUGCUGGGUUAGAAUGUCUUUUUCUUCACAACUUAGAGCUUUUGGAAAUAAAGUAGUUAAAAAUCUUUUGAGGGUUUGAUCCUUAAGCGUCAUAAAUUGUGAUUUUAACACUUCUGUGAGAUUCUAAUAAAGCAAGCAUCGGCUUGGAA